AUGGCUACCGCGGUAGACCAGAAACUGCUCAGGCAGACCAAGUUUCCUCCCGAGUUCAAUCAGAAGGUUGAUAUGAAGAAAGUCAACGUUGAGGUUAUGAAAAAAUGGAUUGCAGGCAAGAUUUCCGAGAUAUUGAAGUCUGAGGAUGACGUGGUAAUCGAGCUUUGCUUCAACCUGCUCGAGGGUUCGCGUUUCCCCGACAUCAAAGCGCUACAGAUUUCGCUCACCGGCUUUCUUGACAAGGACACUCCUAAAUUUUGCAAAGAACUAUGGAAUCUAUGUCUAAGCGCGCAGUCCAAUCCACAGGGAGUUCCGAAAGAACUCCUCGAAGCCAAGAAGCUGGAGCUCCUGCAAGAAAAGAUCGAUGCCGAGAAAGCGGCACAAGAAGCGAGGACUCGUAAGGACCAAGAACAGACUCGGGAACGUGACAUCGAUGCAAUUCGACAGCACCUAGGUACUCACGCUCUCCUCCUCCUCGCAGGAGAUCUCCGUUCCGAGGUCCCCCUCUCCGCCGAGACGCAGACACCUAUGUCCCCGGCGGCCGGGGGCGAGGAAGGGGUGCCGCCCGAGGCAGAUCCCUGA